UAAAUGUUCUUUUUUAUUAUUUUCGGUUUUAGAGCCAGUGCGCUCCUCCUCCGCGGGGGGGACUAUAUUCCGCGCCGCGUUUUGCGCGGAGCCGUCCCUCCGGCCGCCGUGUGCCCGCCUGGCUCUUGUCCUGAUAUUACUCCGCUGGCAUGGAGGAGGGAGGAGAAGGGGUGGGGUGGGGGAGGGUUGGAGGAGGCGGUAGAGGACUAAGGGGGGAGGAGGAGGAGGGGACUGGAGCGCGCGAUCAUUGUGAUGGUGGCUGCAGCCGCCGCCGAGAGCGAACCGCACAUUAGCGCGUCUGUAGGAUUUCCCUCAACACACACACACACACACACACACGCACGCACGACUUUCUGAACUGCACACCUUUCUUUGUUCACGCUCGGGAGGAGGGAAAAGAAGAAGCAUUAGUAGUUAACGCGAGCGGAGCGCGAGAGAGAGAGAGAGAGAGAGAGAGAGCGCGAAGCGGAGAAUGAAGUGAAAUGAAACGCAGAGAAGUUCACGGAACUGCUGCUCGGGAGCGCCGGCGGCCGCGGACCGGGGAAAACUUUUCUCUUUCUCACUGUCGGUCUCUUUCUCUAUCCGCGAUCAAACACCUCCCCAUCCCCUGGCGGAUCUGCUCUGAUGGAGCGCUGAGCGGCCAGAGCGCAGCCUGACGCCGGGGACUUGAGGUCGCUCUCCUCCUCCCGGUCGCUCGCUCGCUCGCUCCUCUCCUUUCCUCUCCUCUCCUCUCCUCCGUCGCCGUGUCGGCGGUGUCGUGGUGGAUGGUUGACACGGCGACAUUCCCAGUGGAGCGCUGCGUGUUCGGUCGCUUCCAGGCUUUCUCCGCGGUCCCUCCAUCCAGCCGGACACGGGUUUGGAGUAGGGAGUCCGGCUGGGUGCCGGUCGCGGUGGCGGCGGUGCUGGUGGAGGUGGAGGUAUCGGGAUAGGGGGGUGGAAAAGCUUUAACCAAACUUCUUCCUAAAAAAACAAAACAAAAAAACAAAGCAAGCUUUUUUUCAAAGCAGCGCAGAUGAUGAUGGGGGAUUUCUCCGGCCCCGCUGCCUCGAACAUCGGCGGUGUUUGCAUCAACAGCGGCGGCAACGUGAACCUGAACGCCGGGAGCAACACCACCACAACCACGGCCAAUAACUGUAACAGCAAUAGCGGGGCUGGUGCCGGAGCUGGUGCCGGGGCUGGUGUCGGAGCUGGAGUGCCGAAGCACAGCACGGUUGUGGAACGGCUUCGGCAGAGGAUCGAGGGCUGCCGGCGGCAUCACAACGCCUGCGAGGCCCGCUAUCAGCAAGCGCACGCCGAGCAGCUGGAGCUGGAGCGCCGGGAAACCGCGGCUCUCUACCAGCGUACCCUGGAGCAGAGGGCCAAGAAGGGCAAGCAGCAGCAGCAGGGCAAACAGCAAGACCCGAGCGAGUCCUCGGAGCAGCGAAACAACACUCUGAUCGCGCUUCAGGAGACGGUGAAACGAAAAUUGGACAGCGCUCAGUGCAGAUCUCCUUUAAAUGGUGACCAGAAUGGGAUCUGUGAUGGAAGCUACUCGCCCACUACAAAGAGAUUGCGUAAGGAGGGUAAUAGUGGACUGGACUCUCUGGGUGCUUUGCCCAACAGUGUACCCCCAAUCUCACCACUUCAUCAAAUGGACAUCAAGCCUACAUUACCUACAGGCAACAACACAUCUAAUAAUGCAAUGGGUAAUGGCAAUGCCGGUACAAACCAUAUAACAGGGCGAGCAGAGGACUUGGGUAAAAAUGGUGGCAUGCCAGACAUUAAACUCAAUGGAUCUUUGGAUCUCGAUGAUGGUUUUAGCCUUCUAAAGGACAUGAAACAAGAGCCCCUGGACGAUGCAACAGGGAUUGAAUCAUCGGACACCUCGUUGUCCAAUCAGAACAAGUUGUUUUCUGACAUUAACUUAAAUGAUCAGGAGUGGCAGGAGCUGAUUGACGAGCUGGCAAACACGGUUCCUGAGGAUGACAUGCAUGACCUCUUUAAUGAAGACUUUGAGGAGAAGAAGGAAGUUGGUGACUUCAGCCGGCCUACAACAGAGCAAACGCAGAAUCUGCAAGAGCCUGUACCUCCUCCAGUCGCCACAGCACCCAAUAACCCGCCACAGACUCAGGGUGGGCAGAUGGGCUCUCCACAGGUUCGCCCAGCUUCCUCUGGACCACCAUUUGCCACUGCUGCCAAUGGCACACCACCCCAACAACCGCUGCAACAGUCUCCAGCAGUUGCAAUGGCAUCAGGGUCGCCUGCUAGCUGCAUUGCUCGUUCUCCCCAAACCCCUACACAGGCCCAGACACAGACCUCCAGACCUGGCAAUGGAUUUAUGAUAAAUCCUGGUCCUGGUGUAGGUCCCCCAGGGUCAACGCCGGUAGCACCAGUAGGUCCUGGUGCAGGAGCAGGAAGUGGACCAGUCCCGGUUCCUGCUCCACCAACCACUGAACUCUCACCGGCCGAACAGCUAAAGCAGAUGGCAGCACAACAACAGCAACGUGCCAAGCUCAUUCAGCAGAAACAGCAGUCCCAGGCAGCUAGCUGGUCUCCUGCAGGAGCUCCAACAAGCCCUUACGGUGGUCCCUUCAACCCUGACAAACCAAAUAGCCCCAUGAUGUACCCACAAGGCUUUAAUGCCUCCAACACAAUGGUGCCCAAACCAGGCAUAAACAACUACCUCCCACAAAACCAUAUGAACAUGAUGAACCAGCAACAGCAGCAGCAACAAUCGGCCAACAUGGCUGCCCAGAAUGCCUUGAACAAGCAGCUGUCUUACAACAACACUAAACCACUGAGUCAUUUCAGCGGGGUUGACCACAUGAGUCAGCGAAUGACCCCACCAAUGGCCAGUCAGGUCAAAAAUCCCAUGAUGCCCUAUAUGCAGGGGACAGGUGGACAGGGUGGGGGACCACCUCCUUCUCAAGGUCCUAUGCCAGGGCAGACAGCACAUUUGACGGAAGAGCAGAAGAGGAUGCUGAUGAUGAAGCAGAAGGUGCUUGGUCAAGGUUUGCCUUACAGUGCGAUGCAGCAACAUGCACAGGAGCAGGGCAUGGUCGGGAUGCCGCGCCAGGCCGGAGGCGUCCAACCCCCUCAUGGAGGGCCAGGAGGCGUGCCUGCAGCUGGGCCUAAUGGGGCAGGGCCAGGUGGUUAUUUGGGCAACCAGCAGCAGCAGCAGCAAGCAGCCAUGAUGAAGCAGAUGAUGGCUAUGGAGCAGGAAAAGAGAGUUCAGCUACACCUGAUGGAGCAGCAGAAAGUUCAGCUUUUGCGAGAGCAAAGACAACAGCAACACCACCAUCUACUAGCAGAGCAGUUACAGCAGCAGCAGCAACAGCAGCAUCUCCCGAGGCAGAUGAGUCAAGCACAGAGGAACCCGUAUCCUCUCCAACAGUUUCAGGGCACACAGCAGGAGAUGGCGAGGAACCAGGCACUUCAGAGCAUGAGGAAUCCUCGCCUCCUACAGCAGCAACAGCAGCAGAAUCAAGGCAUGCUACAGAUGGCGCCAGUCCAGAACCCUGGUCCCAUGCCCACUCAGGGGGAGAUGGGUGUGGCCUAUGGAAGUCAGGCAGGCACGCAGGCAGCCAUGUACCAAGGCAUGAACUCGGGAAUGGGUCAGAUGCUCCAGCCACAGCAUCACCCCAACCAGGCUAGCAUGGCCAUGGCACAGAGACCUGCGGGUACAGGUGGCCAGGGAAUGGUGGGAGGCGGAGCUGGAAGCGGAUAUGGGCAGGGCAUGAUGAUGAACCCUGCCCUCUCUCAACAGCAGAUGAAGCCAGCUGGGCAGCCAAUGGCCAAAGCCCAGGCUCACAGACUGCAAAGCAUGAUGGGAGGUGGAAGUCAGGGAUGGCCUCAGCAGCAGAAUAUGCAGGGCAUGAGUGGAAGGACUACAAAUGACAUGGUGGCGUUUAACAGUAACCCUGCAUAUGCCAUGCAAGGUGGGCAGCCGUCAAGGAUGCCCAAGCAGCAUUUCAGCCAAGGAAUGGGUGGCCAGGGGAUGGUAGACCCACGAGCCAUAAACCCAGCAAGUAUGGGUGGACCCAUGAUGCCUCACAUGGCAGGCCAACCAAGGCCCAAUCAGCCAAGAGGAAUGGCAAUGUCAGGUAUGGGUCAGGCUAUGCCCAACAUGGCUGCUUUCGGACAGGGCUCCACACAGACCAUGGCAGGGGCAGGACCAGGCGGAGGGGCAUAUAUGCCAAGUGGGCAGACACAAGGCUACCAACGGACAUCUAGUCAAGACUUAGCUUACGGUUAUGCUGGCCAAGCAGGGACUGGGAGUGGGGUCUCAUUCGGCCUGUCAGACAGUGCAGAGCUGGACUCAACGGACGGCUGGAUGGAGGAAUUUUUUCCUAGCCAAUAGCCAACGUGGAAAAUGUAUUGGGGUGGGGAACUUUUGAGAUGGGCCAGAAAAGUGUUUUUUUUCUUUUUUGUCUUUUUUUUUGUUUUGUUUUGUUUUUUAAGAAAAAUGAAAAUAAUUUGUAGACUGUGUGUUUUGGGUUUUGUUUUUUAUAUAUUGUUUAUUGUUUCCAUUGAAUAUAAUGGGAAGAAUAUUACAUGUUGUGUAUUGUACGUGUGGUGUCACUAUAUUUAAACAACAAUCUCUAAGAUCGGAUUCCAGCUAGAAGCCAAGUCUCUCUAGACUUCAUCUUGUGCCCUUUAUCAUAUUUUAUUAUCAUCCUCAUCAUUUCCAGACUUUUUUAGGGCUGACACAUUGUAAAACCUAAAUUAAUUGUGAAAUAGAACAAUUUUUGCCCAGUGUUUAGAUCAGAUGUUGGUUUUUGCUCUCAACUCUGCUUAUCCAGUAAUGAAUUCUUAAGUGUGUGUGUGUGUGCGCGCGUGUGUGCAAGAGAGAGAGAGAGAGAGAUUGGUUUUAUAUAAAAAAAAAAUAAAUAAAUAAAAAAAAAGCACCGUCACCUCACCAACAAUUCUCUAUGCUCCAGUAGUGAUUCAAAGACCCAGCAGUUAAACUUCUACUGCAUUUUUUCCGCAACCAUCACAGCAAACCGCCUCGCCAUCAUUCCUCUGCACAUAUUUCACCUGUGUUUGUGUGCUUUAAAUAAAUUAAGAGACUUGGCAGCUACACAUUCGUCUCUCCACCUAAAAUCUGAAAGCUGGAGGACAUUGUUUUCUCGUAAGUCAUAUGGCAGCUAGGAACACAAGCAUGGCAUCAUCUCCCACAUGGGCCAAAAACACACAGGCCCCUUAACCAACGUGCAGCCAAACACAUAUUUUAGAUCCAACCUUCAAAUGUAACAGCUUCCAAAGUGAAUUGUGGCAGCUAGAAAGGCUUUCACAUAGCAAUGGGGAAAAAGGAAGGAUCACUUGUCUGAUCGCUUUCUAUGUUUGGAAAAAAAAAAAAAAACCUAAACAUGACAUCACUUAACUGAAGAUAACAAAUCCUUUUCUUUGCUUUUAUUCAUUUUCAAGACACUUUUAAUCAAAGCAUUGAGCUGUGCUGUCGAGAACUGAGUGCUGGGGUGAUUCUUAUCUUCUGAUAAACUGUAAUCUGAUCUUAUGUAUAAGACGAACACUUUCACACCCUUGAAUUGAACUGUUCAUGUACAUCCAGUUGUUAAUGAGUUGGGUUUGUUCUUUCGGGUUUAACACAGCACCACUGCCUGCCUUCAUUCAGGGCAGAACACCAUCAGUUACUGUCAGUAAUUCCUUUACAGAAACCCUUUAGGGGGGGAAUGUUUGGAAUAGACACAGUGUAUGGAGGUUGUAUUCAUAAAACUUUAUAACUGUGCUUAUAAUGCUUCAUUAAACUGGUAAUGAUCGUAUUUUUUAAGAAACUCCAGUAAUGUCUGAUUAAGCAUAAAACAGCUGACUGUCACAAAGCUGCAUCCAUGUUAACACAGAUGCAUUUUGAAAUUUUCUUCAAACUAUUCAAACAUGUUGACCCAAUAGGACACAUUUAAUAAAAAUGUUUUUCCAGAGUAGAGUGGACCCAGACAACAGAGACUUAUGUGACAGUCAUGUGACCUAUUUGACUCAAACCAAAUAAGAUGGUGGACGUUGUACUGCAGUUGUCCUGCUGCUAUCCAGUUUGAUGGGGUUGUUAAUGACUCCGAUCUGAAGGUUGUACAAAUGAAAACUUUUAAGUACCUUUUUGUUUUUACAAGUGAAGUAUAGAAAUAUUUUUUUUUUUUUUUUACACAAACACUGAGCAAACAUUUCGAAAACGCUAUUCACCAAACACCAAAACAUUUUAAAUGAUGAAGUAACUGAUGCAACAUCCAUCCUGAACUCAAUUUCAGUGUUUAGUGGUGUUGCUUAUUCUCUCCCAUUUUAAUGCAACUUUCUUUCAGGUUCUUUAAUGCCUUCCAAAAACAUGAAACCAGAUGAUUGGCUAUUUUAAAUGUUUAAAUGGACCAGUGUCCGAUCCAAGUUGAUUCCCACCAUGACCCUAACCUGGAUAAAUUGGUUUCUAAUGAAUUAAUUGCUAAUAAUUUUUUAUCAUAAUGGCAUUUUAAAUGUAGAUGAUCAUUUGAAAAAUUCCCUCAUUAUAUUAACAUAGUUUUAUCACUAUUACUGUAUAAUGUCUCGCUGAUUGUCAGCAGUCCUGCUUGCCACUGAAUUAUAACUUGAUUAAUGUAUUUGAUGUGUAUUUGUGUUACAAAACAAAUGAUCAAAUGAAUACCAUCCUAAGCACAGUUAUGAGGAUUUAUGAAUUUGCAGUGUUGCUGAUUUUUACGUUCGUUCAUAUUGUGUUCAAAUUAUCAAAUGGGGAAAAAAAGCUCAUGUAGAUCGCUUUCUUAUUCGGUGACCGAGUAAGUCUUUCGAUCCAACCUGAUUGUCUCUGAGGAAUGUAAAAACGACGACUGCAACCAUUCUUUUUAUUCCGCUUCAUUGUCGUUAUCAGAAGGAGGAACCAUCAGCCAUGUAUGCAGUGUAUUCAGGACGGUGAUUAAGUGUUAUAGUGUUGCUCUUUCUAUUGUAAUAUCAGGGAGGUGUGGCCCUCUCUCUCUCUCUCUCUUUCUCUCUCUGUCUUUCUUUACCCUCCUCCUAAUAUCGCAACCUAUCUGGGACCAAGUCACACACAGCGUAUAGUUUUUUUGUUCGUCAUUUCCGUCAGUCAUUAAUGUUGUCUUUUUCAGCUUUUUUGAUUUUGUACUGGUGCUGAUUAUAUAUAUAUAUAUGUGACGAAAAAGAUUCUAUAUAAAUAUUAUAUAUAUAAAUAUAUAAAUAUAUGAAAAUGGCUAUAUGUAAAUAUGUUUCUACUGCUUUAAAUACACCAGAAAAUGUGUCUCUACUUUCUGUAAAGAUAUAACUGUUUAAGAUAGAGUAUUUUUAUUUCCUUUUUCCACUUUUAAACUCAUCCGAGCUAUACCAUUGCACUUCAGUCAAUGUCUUACUACUAAUGGAUAAUGUAAACUUUCUCUGAUUUUUAUUUCCAAGGGAUUUUUUUUUCUCUACUCUGAGAACUUGGAGAAUUUCGAGUUGUACCUAAUGCAGUGCUUCUACUUUCUUCCCUUGUACAUAGUCAUGAAAAUGUUAACACCAGAGACUUACAAAAAAGGAAGAAGGGGUUUUUUUUUGUUUUGUUUUUCAGAAAAAUACAAUAAAGAGAGCGUUUUCUCGCUGAUACUAUUAAA